ACUCCCGGAACUGAAGCUGGGCGCCGGACGAUCGGGAGGCAGGGGCCACGUCAACGGGGCGGCGGGGGCCUCGGCGGGCUGGCCGGCUGAGCCAUGCGGCGGGGCGCGCUCCUGGCGGGCGCCCUGGCAGCAUACAUCGUGUACCUGGUGCUGGGCGCGCUGCUGGUGGCCCGGCUGGAGGGGCCGCACGAAGCCCGCCUCCGAGCCGAGCUGCGGAUGCUGCGCCAGCAGCUGCUGCGGCGCAGCCCGUGUGUGGCCGCCCCCGCCCUGGACGCCUUCGUGGAGCGGGUGCUGGCGGCCGGACGGCUGGGGCGCGCCGCGCUCGCUAACGCCUCCGGGUCUGCCAACGCCUCGGACCCCGCCUGGGACUUCGCCUCGGCUCUCUUCUUCGCCAGCACGCUGGUCACCACCGUGGGCUACGGGUACACGACGCCUCUGACCGACGGGGGCAAGGCCUUCUCCAUCGCCUUUGCACUCCUGGGCGUCCCAGCCACCAUGCUGCUACUGACCGCCUCUGCCCAGCGCCUGUCGCUGCUGCUCACCCACGCGCCCCUGUCCUGGGUGAGCCAGCGCUGGGGCUGUGCCCCCCGGAAGGCAGCCCGCUGGCACCUGGCCAUCCUGUUGGGGGUCAUGGUGACCCUCUGCUUCCUGGUGCCAGCUGCCGUCUUUGCCCACCUUGAAGAGGCCUGGAGCUUCCUGGACGCCUUCUACUUCUGCUUCAUCUCUCUGUCCACCAUCGGCCUGGGAGAUUACGUGCCGGGAGAGGCCCCCGGCCAGCCCUAUCGGGCCGUCUACAAGUUGUUAGUCACAGUCUACCUCUUCCUGGGCCUGGUCGCCAUGGUGCUCUUGGUACAGACUUUCCGCCGUGUGUCUGACCUCCACGGCCUCACAGAGCUCAUCCUGCUGCCCACUCCGUGCCCCGCCAGCUUCGAGGAGGAGGAUGAUCGGGCAGACAUCCUGAGCCCUGAGCCCGAGUCACACCAGCAGCUCACCGCCGGCUCUCACGUGGACUACGCCUCCAUCCCCAGGUAGCUGGGGCAAGUGUCAGGGCAGCUGCAGACCAGGCCUGCAGCUGAGGGGCCCUCAGGACUGGAACUGAUGGAUUCACCCACCUACAAGCACACUCUAGUGUUCCUGAGGCCCUGCCUCCAGUGUCUGCCCUUGUCUGACCGGCCUGAGCACCGCCCGGAUCCAGGAAGCAGCACUGCCUUCUUUCCCCCACCCUUCCGAUCACCUCCCCGCACACUUUGUGCUUCCCUGACUUUUUCAUCGUCUCUGUAUUUCUCAGGCUUUUCCUCGCGCCAUCUGCCUCUCUCACUCGAGUAGCCACUCAUCACCUGCCGAUUCUCCCAGGCUCUGAGCUCAGACCUCAUUUCAGGUGCUAUAUGAUCACUUCACCUCGGGCCAGUGACUGGCCCCCUCUGAGCCUUGAUUCACCUCUUGGGUCAAGUAUAAAGAAUAUAUUCCCUCAUUCAAAACUCCCUCCUCUGUGCCAAUCCAUGCUGGGCAGCACUGGGGCCACCACAGUGUUCCAGAUGCUCUGGGCCCUGCUCUCAUGGGGCUCGCUGUCCUGUCUCCCGUACAGUGACAGUUCAUAAUAGGCAGGACUUCAUUAGUGGGGGCGGGGGAAGGUGGGCAGAGUGGUCAGGGCUGGGGUAGAGGAAGCACAGGGAAUGUACCCAAUCCAGCCAGGGAGGUCAGGGAGGGCUUCCUGGAGGAAGGGGCAACUGCACUCAGACCUGAAAUCUGAAGAGUAGUCAGUCUGGGGAAGAAGGUGUACCUGAUUCAUUUUCCUCCAGUGUGUCCAGGGAGCUAGACAUAUUUGGAUAUGCCUGGGGUCGGCCUGCAUAAUAGAGUCUUCCAGGAAGCUGAGACGGGAUCCUAGCCCAGUAUGGAAGGUAUUGCUUUUAGUGAGACACUAUCAUAACAGCUGUUCCUGUUUACCAAGAACUAAUUAUAUUACAUUCCCUGGGCUCUGGAACCAGCCUGUGUGUGUGUUAGUCGCUCAGUCGUGUCUGACUCUUUGCGACCCCAUGGACUAUAGCCUGCCAGGUUCUUCUGUCUGUGGGACUCUCCAGGCAAGGAUGUUGGAGUGGGUUGCCAUGCCCUUCUCCAGCCGGAGCCAGCCUGCCUGGGCUCAAAUCCCAACUCAGCAGUGUCCUGCCUGUGUCUUUGGGUGGUCAUUUUGCCCCUAUUUCCUCGGUUUCCUCAUCAGUAAAAUGGCAAUAAUAAUAGUUCAAAAGAUGGUUUCACAGCACCUGCUAUGUUAUUCUGGGAUGAUUUCUUUGGCUAGGCCCUGUUCUGGGUACUUUACACAUGAGGAAGAUAAUGCAGUAUUAUCAUUGGAUGUGGGCAUAUUGUAAGUGUCCUUAAAUGACCAUCUUGGGAACUUGGCUUCUUUCUUGAGGGCACUAGAGAGCCAUGGAAGAGAUUUGAGCAGGAGAGGGCCAUGGUUAGGUUUGGGCUUUUGCUGCUGUGUGUUUAUGGGGUGGGGGGGAGGAAGCUCCAGUGGUGCAAUCGGUUAGUGAGCGGUACUUAUAUGGGGUAGGGGGGAGACUGAGGCUGGGUGCCCAGGGGAGGCUGGGGCAGGAAUGAAGCAGGAGACAAUGGGACUGGGUGAGGCCGAGGGAAGGGGAGGAGGGGGCAAGUCAAGGGAUGCUCAGAAGGCCAGGUGGACGGGCCAUAAGCCUUACAGACUUGGGAGGGACAAGGCCAGGAAAAAGUCUAACCAUGCUCAGCUGCCCCCGAGGUGGGGGACCUGUGAGAAAAGAAAUUUGUAGGGAGAUAUUGAGGCUCUUUUGGAAUAUGGUGGCUAAAGGGACACCCAGGAGAAGGCAGCAGGAAGUCACAGGACCCUUGGAGCGACGACUUAGGGGGUGGUUGAGGCUGCAGACAGGUGAGGAAACGAAGACUAUGAAGGUGGGUAUUGACAGCCCUGGGUGGGAAUAAAGAGAGAAGACCGGCCUUGAGAAAUCAGCCAUAGGGUGUGUGUAUACACACACACACACACACACACACAUAUAUACACAUAUAUAUGUAUAUACAUAUGUAUGUGUGUGUGUGUGUGUGUGUGUGUGUGUGUGUAUAUAUAUAUAAUAUCAGUAAGGAAAGAUUUGGGUUGCAAGUAACACAAUCCUGACUGCCACUGACUGAAACAGUGAGAUGAUUGUAUACUGUAUAUCACCCGAGUUAGAGAGACCUCUGGGUUUGAUACAGUUCACAACUCCAAGAGAGUCUUGUGGCCCCUGGUUCCCUCUCUCUCUGCUCUGUUACCCUCAGCUGAAGGCUUGCCUCCCACAUGGGCUGUCCUCGUGGCCACAAAGUGGCUGCCACAGGUCCAGGCAUCACAAUAAGACAUGUUAAUUUUUAGUGCAAGAAGAGGGAAAGGGGUGUGUCUUCCCAUGGUGCUUCUUUGAAAAGAAGGAAACCUUUUCCCAGUGUCUCCCAGCAGACUUCUUCUUCCAUAUCAUUGACCAAAAUUGGCUCCUGAAUCAGUCAUCAGCCAGAGUGAUCAUGGCAUCACUAUGAUUAGCUUGAAUUCCUCAGGAUUCCCCCUGUCACCAGGGACUGAGGCUGGGGCUGAGGUUUUAGUUUGCAGGCUGGUAAAUACUUGAACAAAACUGGGCUUCUAUUAGAAAGGCAGAAAGUUGGGAGAAUGGGAGCUGUCAAUAAACUAGUCAGCCAGGAUGAUGAUGUCUAAUUAUGCAGGUUGGGACCUGCAUAAGGGUUACCUGGCCGGCAGGCUGGUAACAAAUUGGGGCUGAAGUUCAAGGCUGAGUAUACCCAAAGGGGACUUCUUUUUCUUUUUUUUCAGGGGGUACUUCUUUUUCCUAUUAACACAGUCCCAUAUGAUGAGCAAUGACCCCUCAACCAAAGAGAAGAACUUACAAAAGAGACAGAAAGGAAGUUCGAGAGAGGAGUAGGAAAACCAGAAGAGUGGGAAAUAUUGGUGAGAGAUGAGAGACUUUUAAAAAGGGAAAAGUCAACAUUGUCAAAUGAUGCUAAGGAGUCACACAAAAUCAUUUUAAUAACAUGAGACAGAACACUUAUAUAGGAUUUACUACCUGCCAGGCACUCUUCCAAGCUCUUGAUACACCAGAAUUUAUCUUAUGCUCUCAACAACUCUGUGAGUUAGUUACAUUCGCCAUAUUGCAGAUGAGGACAGGAGGCCCAGAGAGGUUAAAUAACUUAUCCAAGAUCACACAGAAAGUGCAAGACUGGGAUUUACAUGAGGAUUUUUGGUUUUUUGGUCACCUUGUCACAUGGAGGCUCAGAAAUAUCCACUGUCUAGUUCUUUCUUAGUCUCCCACCCUUCCUGGCUUCUCAGCAAAGUUGUUGACCCUGCUGCUAAAGUCAGCAGCUUGGUGAGGGGCAGUUGCUCGAGGGAAGAAGGUGCCUGUGUGAUCUGGCUUCUGCUCCCCACCACUUCUCCUUUCAAAUUCCUUCCUCCAAAAGAAACCAGGCCCUGCUCAUUUCAGAUACUUAAAAAAAAAAAAAAGUGCACACUUAAAAAUGGAAAAAGUAGAAGAAUAUUCAAUAGAAAUAAGUCUUUCUCCUGUAUGUGGGCUGUGAUGACAGAUUUUCUCAGGUCUCCUAGGCAUGUACCAGCAAUAUACCUGUGUGUAUAUGUGUGUCAUUAAUUUUUUUUCUUUCACUCUGCAAAAGUGGUACUAUAUGGUGAGCUAAUUACAAUCACAGACUCUGGAGGCAAAGUCCCUGGGUAUAAAUCUGAACUCUGUCAUCAUUCCCAAGUCUGUGGUUUUGGGCCACUCAUUUCACCUUCCUGUGCUGUUUGCCAAUCUGUGAAAUGGUGUAACAGCACCUACCUCAUGGACUUGUUGGAGAAUUAAGCAAUAUCUGUAAAGAUCUUAGAACAGUGUCUGGUGCUCAAUAAAAUAUCGCCUCAUUUCUGCA